CACCGCAGACAUGUACAAGCUGAGCAUCGUGCUGGUGGCAGUGGCGCUGUGCGCCGUGCAGGCGGCCCCCGCCCCCAAGGCGUCGCCCGGCCUGCUGGCGGCGGCGCCGCUGGCUUACGCGGCCGCCCCAGUGGCCUACGCCGCCCCCGCCGUGGUGACGGCGCACAGCUCUCAGGUGGUGGCGCAGAACUUCCACGCGCCGCUCGUCGCAGCCGCCUACGCCCUGCCGGCCGCCAUCCACGCGCCCGCCGCCGCCUUCGUACUGUGAGGCUGUGAGGGUGCGCCACACCACACCACGUGCACCACGGCCUCCCAGCGCCAGGCCGCCUGCUGCACCCACAUCAAUGUACAAAUGUAGAUAGGUGCCAACUGCAA